UUGUUUGAAAUGAAUUAACCUCAAAAUUUUGUUUUGUAAACAAUAAUCAUUGGAAUGACUCACUGUUAUUUUUUUAUAAAACAUAAUAUAUCAUAUUUACAACAAAAUUCUCCUCAUUCAGUUUCAUACCAUUAAUGAGGUUCUUCUUAGAGAAGUAGGAUACUGGCACUGUCAUUCAAUAAUUUCAUUGAAAAUGGCGAGGGACAAAGUAAAACCUGUGAGACUAAAUGUUAAUACACGAAGAAAUAAAAAGAGGCAAUCAAAUACUUCUACUAAAUCUAUACUUCUUAACACAUCUCCUAAUGAGGAAUUAUUAAUCGAUAAAGUUCUGUUGGGUUCAACAAUGAACUAUCCUCCAGAAAAAUGGCUAAAGUGUAGAGUGUCUUUUCUUUAUUUUGACAAUGAGAUUGAUAGAAUACAACUCGAAUUUGAUGAGAUAUCUGUAAUUGUUGUUCUCAUUAUUGAUGCUCAAUUAUUGAAGGAAAUACUCACUGCCAAUGUGUUCAGUUUUCAAUUUCCCUUGAUAGGGCAGGAUAUUUUUAUGAAAGUAUACUUCAGACAACUGCCACUGCCGAAAUUCAACACUAAAAUUGGAAAUUCUUUGAAAACAUUAUUUGAAAUAACCCAUAAAAUAUAUAUAGAAUAUCCUAUCAAAGAAGUAGAAGAAAAUAAGGAAGAAAUUGAUCUGUUUUAUGAAAGAUUGUCCUCCUUUAGAAAAACUCAAAAAACAUUCAAUUUAGGGAAUAUGAAGAACGUACAACAUUCUUCAUUGAAACCUGCACUUAGACCAUAUCAGAUAAGUGCUGUACAAUGGAUGCUUAGUAGAGAAUUGAAUAGAGAAUGUAUUGAAGAAGGAAAAGAUAAUCUUCAUCCCCUCUAUACAUUAGUUGAACUUCCUACAGGCAUAAAACUAUAUUUUGAUAAAUUUUCUGGUUAUAUCACCCCUGAAAAGCCUGUAGUAUCUUCUCUACCUAGAGGAGGAAUUUUGGCUGAAGAAAUGGGCUUAGGAAAAACAGUGGAAUUCUUAGCACUCAUUUUGAAUAAUCCAUUGAAAGAUGAAAAUGCUGCCAAUGCAGAGUUAUCUAUUUUGAAUGAAGAUUCUGAAGAAAUAUCUGACAAUGAUAAUGUAGACAUUCCUAUUUUUAAACUACAGAAAAAAAAAAGAAAUAUAAGGAGAAAAAUCAAACCAUCAUCAAAAGAUAAGACAGUCGAAUAUAAUGCUAAAGACAUCAAAGUACCUCAAGAUUGGGUGAGAAAUUCUAAACAAAUGUCGAAUACUAGAGUUGCAUUGCAACUUUGGUACAAUAGUGUAUUAAGUGAAGUAAAUCGUAAAACCCAACCAGCACCAGAACACAAUAUUGAGUGUAUUUGUGGUGAAACUUAUAAGACUGGACAGACAGAAUGUGUUAAUUGUGGAAAAUAUCAGCAUAAAGAUUGUGUUGGAUAUGAAAAAUCUUUAGGGCCGUUUCGAUGUUCUACUUGUUGGUUAGAGCAGCCAUUGAUCGAGUCAGGUGCAACUUUAAUUGUAACGCCUACUUCACUUAGAACUCAGUGGUGUAAUGAAAUAAAAAAGCAUGUUGAUAAAAAGCUUCGAGUCCUAGUUUAUGAAGGAUCUAAUAAAAUUCCAAUAUAUCCAACAUAUUUGAAACACUUUGAUCUUGUAAUUACAACUUAUAAUGUACUACAAGCGGAAUUCAGAAUUACAGAGAAGGGACAGGCAUGCAAACUUAGGAGAAAAAGGAAGUAUGAUUUUCAAGGCAGCCCUUUAACAAGAAUAAAAUGGUGGAGAUUAUGUUUAGAUGAAGCCCAAACUGUUGAAACACCUGGAAGAAUUGUUUCGGAAAUGUCUAAAAAGUUAACUGCCCAUUAUCGUUGGGCCAUUACUGGUACACCUAUUUCAAAAAAUAUAUCAGAUAUAUUUGGACUGAUUAAUUACUUGCAAAUGGAGCCCUACAACGAAUUGGACACAUGGACUAACAUAUUAUAUACACCAUAUUGUAAUGGAGUACUCGCUCCUAUUUGUUCAUUUCUAUCAGAAAUUAUGUGGAGAUCGACAAAAUCGGAAGUUAUUGAUCAAAUUGGUAUUCCUGAACAAAUUGUAAGAGAACAUUUUUUGGAAUUUUCAGCUGUGGAAAAGUUUUUUUACACUAAAGAACAUGAAUUGUGUAGUCAAGCAUUUAUUCAUACGUUAGCCAAAAUUGACCUGAAUAUACCUUUGGUUAAAUUAGAUAAAGGCCUUCUUAAGAAAAUCAUGUUACCACUUAUAUCAUUGAGGCAAGUUUGUACUCAUCCUAAUUCUGAACGUGGAAAAUAUUUAGCUACGAAGAGAAAGGUUUCCACAAUGAAAGAAUUAUUGGAAGCAUUGAUUCUCAAAAACUCAACCGAGAGUGAGGAGCAAUUGAGAGUGGUUGUUUCAGCACUGAAUGGCCUCGCUGGAAUCCAUCUUUUGAUGCAAAAUCCUAUCCAAGCAGCCGAAGAAUAUCGUGAAGUGCUGCAAUUAUCUGCAAGGUUUUCAGAAGAAGAAACUAAAAAUAAUUUAACUGUUGACAAGUUACAACUUAUACAUACAAUUCACAAUCUUGCUGAUUUGAUUGACAGAUAUCCAGGUAUACCUCCAACAUUACAUGAUGCUGCUUUGAGAGGAGAUUGUAGAAAUUUAGAACAGAAAUAUAUUCAGAAAUUCAUCAGUAAUGCCUUUUCUGCUUAUCAGGAAUAUAUAAAUGCUCAGUUAGCUGCCAAACAAUUACAAGAUCAAUUCACACUAAAAGAGGGGCAGUGGUACUCAGAUGGUAUCGAUUGGGUUCUGAUUGAAAAUUUGGCUGAUGAAUUGACGAAUAAAAUUAUAGCUAUUCAUGAUACAUUCCAUAUCAAGUGCCCUAUUGACGUAACUUGUGCAAGAACCAUUCUUUUAUUUGUGGGAAAAUGGUAUGAAGAACUGCUUGACUGUAGAGCAGAUCUUAUUGAAACUAUUAAUAGCUUGUUUACUUACAAAGAAAAUGAAGAGUAUAAAAUUUUCGUGGAACGUAAUCUUGUUGAUCAUGCUACUGAUUGUCAUUUACGUCCAGAUAAAAAAUGUAGGGGAAAAAAAAAGAAGAAAUGUCCAUUAUGUAUUGCUGAAGAGUAUCUCAAGAAAUUUGAGGAUAAAAUAUUUAAAAAGGCAAAAACAAGUAUUACUUAUGGAGAUAUAUGCCUAAAGGGCACCUGGAAACCGACAUCGCAAGAACUCACAUUGAAAUCUUUGAGCAUUUUGAUGAAAUCCAAAAAUGCCCCAGAGGUUAUUAUUAAGGAUAGUGAAAUUUAUUUAAAUUUGAUUGAAAACCUAAAGAAGGAGUUCAAAGAAAUGAGGAAAUUCUGGACACAUGUUUACCAACAGGUAGCUGCGCAAGAUGAAUUAGAUAUGUGUAAAACAAAAUUGAUGCUCGGAGAUCCAAAUGAAGAAAAAAAUAACCCUAAUAAUGCUGCCCUCGAGAAAUUAUCUUAUAUUAUAGAGAAUAAGUUAGAUAGUUUAUACAUGUUAAAUGAGAAUGAACUUGAACAUCAUAUGAUUUUAUUAAAAUCAGAUAGAGCUAACGCUAUGACUAAUUUAGAAAAGAAUUUAGGAGUAAAAAGUUACCUUGAAACAUUGAGAAAACAACAGUACGAAGGAGCUAGUCCUGAUCCCUGCCCAAUAUGCACAAAUAUUCUGGACCAACAUUGGAGCAUUUUACCUUGUGGCCAUAGCUAUUGUAUGGAAUGUAUACACAAACUGCUUAAGACGAAUGAAAGUUCAUUUGUGACUUGUUGUGUUUGCCGCCAAAUUCAAGCCAUUCAAGAUAUUUCAUGUAUAAGAUCUGCAGCAAUAACAGUUGAAACUUCAGAUUGGAAUAUAAAAGGAAAUUAUUCAACUAAAAUUGAGGCUACUAUUAAACUCAUUAUGGAACUCAGGGAAGUCGAAGAAGAUGUAAAAGUACUUGUCUUUUCUACAUGGACCACAACUUUGAAAACAUUAAAAGAUGCUCUGCUCAAAAACGAGAUUAAAUGUGAAAUUUUACUCACAUCCAACCUGGAAAAGCGUAUUGAAUACUUUAAGGAUGAAAAAGAAAAAGUCACCGCUCUUUUACUUCCUAUCAAUUUAGGAUCGAAAGGGCUCAAUCUGAUAGAAGCAACUCAUGUAAUCCUAAUGGAACCUUUAUUAAAUCCUGGAGAUGAACUUCAAGCAAUUGGAAGAGUACAUCGAAUAGGCCAAAUUAAACCAACAUUUGUUCACAAAUUUUGCAUAAAAAACACAAUUGAAGAAAGUAUUUUUACUGCAACUAGUACAGAUACAGAGAAAUGGGAUAGAAAUAAAGUAACUCUGGGUCAACUUAAAAACCUAUUUGAGAAGGUGGAACUAUCAGAAACUUCUGGAUCUGAAGAACACAAUGAUGACGGUAUGAUUGGAAAUGUUAAUAAUGGAGUUGUAACGCACCCUAUUGUAAAUGUUGCCCCACUGAAUGAGCAUCUAGAGUGACCAUUUUUUUUAGAUUAAAUUUGUGUAGAAGUUACUAUUCUUUCCAAAUAAGUUGAUAGAUGUAUAUGAUUUCAAAAAUUAUUUUAUUCUUUUUUAUAACAUAUACUAAAAACUUGCAUUCUAAGAAUAUUAAAAAUAACAGUAAUUUUAUCUAAAGAAAACAUUAUAAAAUAAAUUCUCAACUAGUUUCCAAAGAAAGUAACUUUUUAUUACCUUGUUGGAAGGUAAUGAAAUAAACUUAUUUAUUAAUAUGUAUAUAAAAAAUUUUUAUAAAAAGAAAUUAUGUCAAAUAAUCUUUCAGCCAAUAUAAUAUUAUUUGAUUUAAUAGGUUUUAUCAUUAAUAUGUUUAUUCAGAACUUUAUUUAAAAUGUGAACAUUCCAAAAAUACAUAUAAAUAUUUUGAACUGAAAAAUAUGUACUUAACUAUGUAAGUAUGCUUACUAUAUUGAACCUUGUUAAUAUUUUUGUAGUGUUUGUUAUAAUUUUUUUCUCAUAAAAUUUUAAAAAUUGCAA